AUGAGCUCCGCCGCCGCCGCCGCCUCCUCGUCUGCGUCGCCGGUGCCGCCGGAGGACGACGUCUGCUCCGUCUGCCACGACCGCUUCCGGAUCCCCUGCCAGGCCAACUGCUCCCACUGGUUCUGCGGAGAGUGCAUCAUCCGUGUUUGGAACCAUGGAGCUGCUGUACAGCCUUGCAAGUGUCCCAUUUGCCGUCGCCUUAUAAAUCUGCUGGUACCUGCUAAUGUAUCAGACGAUCAGAAUGAUGAUCCCCAACUUCAGCGUGUUUUGGGAGAGAUUCAGCACUACAAUCACAUAUUUGGUGGAGCACCACGCAGCCUAACCCAGAGGCUGCAAGACCUGCCGUUUUUCAUACGAAGGCUGUUCAGAGAACUAAUGGAUCCCCAGAGGACCCUCCCACUUGUAUUCAGGGCGAGGAUGAUUCUGAUGGUGAUCCUGAGUGGGGUGUACGUCCUGAGCCCGGUCGACAUCCUCCCAGAAAGCGUGCUGGGGCUGUUUGGGUUCUUUGACGACUUCCUCAUCCUGGUGAUCGUGUUCCUCCACCUCGCGGCCGUGUACCGGUCGCUGCUCCUGUACCGCCAUGGCGGCCACUGA